AUGAGUGUAGGAUUCGUGGUGGUGCUGCUGUUGGUGCUCGUGCUGGUGCUUCUGCUGUUGGCGCUCGUGCUGGUGCUUCUGCUGUUGGUGCUCGUGCUGGUGCUUCUGCUGUUGGCGCUCGUGCUGGUGCUUCUGCUGUUGGUGCUCGUGCUGGUGCUUCUGCUGUUGGUGCUCGUGCUGGUGCUUCUGCUGUUGGUGCUCGUGCUGGUGCUUCUGCUGUUGGUGCUCGUGCUGGUGCUUCUGCUGUUGGUGCUCGUGCUGGUGGUGCUGCGGCCACAACUCCGAGGGGUGGUAUUCUCCCCUGCCAACCGCCCUGCUGGGUCCGUUGUUGUGUCUAAGGCUUGCGGCGCUCUCACUCCCGGCCGUUCCCAAGGGAAGUCUGGCAGGACCUCAUUCCGGGCAGCUGAGAAAAGUUUUCUGUCGGAAUUUGAGACGACGGUGCUGGAUCUGAAGCUGGAUUUGAAGGCAGCAGGGGCUGCUGCUGCUGCUGGUGGUGCUGCUGCUGCUGGUGGUGCUGCUGCUGCUGCUCCUGCUCCUGCUGCUGGCGCUGGCCAGGAGAUUUGCUCGCUGCAGGAGCGGUACUUAGUUGAGCAGGAGAUUGGGAGCGGGUCGUAUGGGAUGAUCCGGGCUGUGAGGGAGAAAGAGACGGGCAAGACGUGGGCGUGCAAGAGCAUUGGGAAGGAUCAGAUUCAGAGCAAGGGAGAAGUGGCGGCAAUGAGGAGGGAAGUGAUGGUGAUGCGGCUACUCUCGGGGCAUCGGCAUGUGGUGCAGAUGAAAGAGACUGUGGAAGAUGACACGCACGUGCAUAUAAUCAUGGAGCUCUGCAAGGGAGGGGACCUCUUUGACCGCAUCAAGCAGCGCAGCCGCUAUGAGGAGAAACCUGCAGCUGCCGUGCUGCAGCAGCUGGCGCUGGUGCUGCGGGCGUGCCACUCCCUGGGGGUCAUGCACCGCGAUGUGAAGCCCGAGAACCUGCUGCUCUGCUCCCCCACUGAUGACGUUGCUGUUAAAGUUACCGACUUUGGGAUUGCUGCGCCGAUCAAAUCAGGCAUCAAGCUAACGGAGUUCCUAGGGUCCCACACGUACGUGGCACCAGAAGUGAUCAACAAAAGCUACAGUGCCGAGGCCGACGUCUGGUCGGCUGGAAUCGUCUUAUACGUCCUUCUGGCCGGCGUGCCGCCCUUCUGGGCCUCCACAGAAUCGGGAGUGCUGGAUGCAAUCGUAUCCAAGCCCCUCAACUUCUCCUUCCCUCCAUGGCCGUCCAUUUCAAAGGAGGCCAAGGACCUUAUAAUUGAGAUGCUUAAGAAAGAACCGGCGGAACGAAUCACACUGGAUGCUGUGCUUGAGCAUCCAUGGAUCAGGGCGCACACUACACAACUGUAG